UUAUCUCUUUCGGAGGCUACAGGGAAACGAGAAACAGAGAGAGAGAAAGCACCAAACAUGGCUUUGGCUGUGCGUGCCCUUCCCUUCACCUUCGUCGUUCACCUUCUCGGUAUCGCUCUUAUUGUUUUGGUCUUGGUCUGGAACAUACACUUCAGGGGCGGUUUAGCUUGGGAAUCCUCCAACAAGAGCCUCAUCUUCAACCUCCAUCCGGUUCUUAUGCUAAUUGGUUUGAUUGUUAUCGGAGGUGAAGCUAUCACAAGCUACAAAUCUCUUCCAUUGAAGAAAGAGGUGAAGAAAGUGAUACAUCUUGUUCUGCACGCCAUCGCACUAGCACUUGGAAUCAUUGGAAUCUAUUGCGCCUUCAAGUUCCACAAUGAAAGUGGGAUUGUCAAUCUAUACAGCUUGCAUUCCUGGCUUGGAAUUGCGGUGAUUGGCCUUUAUGGCAUUCAGUGGCUGUAUGGGUUUCUGACAUUCUUCUUCCCUGGAGGGACCCAAUUUCUGAGACAAGAGUCACUUCCAUGGCAUGUUCUGUUUGGGCUAAUUGUGUAUGUGUUGGCUGUGGCCACUGCUACACUUGGGUUUCUGGAGAAACUCACUUUCCUUGAGAACUCGGGAUUGGCCAAAUAUGGUUCUGAGGCAUUGCUGGUGAACUUCACUGCUGUGAUCACUGUCUUAUUUGGUGCUUUUGUUAUAUUAACUGUUAUCUCUCAGGGUUCUUCAGCUGAAGAUGAUUAUACUGCCAUAUAGGCUUCUGUUCAUGUUGUAUCUUGAGGAUCAAUUUCUUCUGUUAUAAUGGUAUUGGGUGUGGGGAUUAACGGGUAUCUAUUGUCCGUAUGUAGAGUUGGGUUGGACAUCGGACUUGUGUUCAUUUACCUACAAUAUCCGUAUAGCGUCUGCUUUUAAGCUGUUAAUAAAAGUUGUAGUUAUAUAUUAUUGAUUUCCGGC